AUGGCGGAAAGUCACUUGGAAGAAUAUACAUUGGGCUCUCCUCUUGUGCCCAAUAAAAUGUGUGAAUCCCAUGAAUUACCUAUUGAUAUUAUAUGUGAGGACUGUGAUAAAUUCAUUUGUGUCCAUUGUGCUAAAACAGAUCAUAGAGAUCAUGAAUGGAAAACUCUAACCACGGCAGCCACCGAAAGGAGGAGAGGUCUGCAGAAAUUUCUGGAGAAGAUCAAGGAAGAGGAUCUGCCUGAAGUUGAUGCAAAGAUGGAGAUGAUAUUGCAACAGAUCAAAGAAAAUAAAGAAACGUGUGACUAUGAGAUUGAAAGGCUACAUAAUCAUUGUGAAGAUAUUAUGAACAAGCUGACAGAAAUCAAGAAACACCAUGAACAAUUACUUAGAGACAAUUUAGUUAAAAAGAAUGAUCAACUGAACAAUGUGAAAUCUGAGUUAGAGAAAAAGAGAGGAAUUGUUGACUCAGUGGAAUUCAUGGAGAAAAACAAAAACACCAUUUCAGAUUACAGUUUCAUUGAAAACGACAGAGAACUGAGAAAAACGCUGUCUGGAUUUGAUGUUCAUAUGACAGAAUGUGAACAUUCAGUGAGGUUUAUAAAAGGUGAAAUCAAUAAUGACUUUCUUGACACUUUGAUUGGAAAAACUUUAGAUUUCGAUGAUAUUAGUGUGACGCAAAUAAACUCGUUUCAAUAUGGAGGUACAGCAAUACAAGUUUUGGAGACAAUCGUUAAAGACCAGUGUUAUAUAAAUGAACUUAAUUCAAAUUAUGCAGAAAAAGUCAAUCAGCAAGGCACAAAAGAACAAAUAUUUAGUAUAAAUCCUAAUGACAUGUAUGCGACUGAUAAUCAUGAUAAUGGUGAUGUAUAUUUCACUGAUUUUAGUAACAAUUCCAUCAGUUGCCUUUCACCAUCAGGAUCUGUUUCUACAGUCAUUAGUACAGAUCCACUGCAACCAUUAGGAAUCUGUCGGUCAGUGGACGGUGGACUACUGGUCACCUUGAAAGACAAGGAAUCAGACGAUUACAAAUUAAAGUCACACAGCAGACGUCUGGUGAGACACAUCACAGCGACAGGCGAUGUCAUCCAUGAGUAUGAGUACCAGGAGGACGGUCAUACCAGACUGUUUACGUUACCACACAGAGUCAAACAGAACAGUAACAGUAAUAUCUGUAUUGUGAACUGCACAAGUGCAGCUAAAGGGGAACUAGUGAUCAUGUCUCCCUCUGGUCGUUUGAAGUCUGUCUACCGUGGACAGAGCCUAAUAAAAGACUUUGAUCCAACUGAUGUAGUGUGUGACUCCCUCUGUAACAUCCUUGUUACUGACCCACGAAAUAAACAGUUACACCUUCUGAGUCCUGAUGCAGAGUUCUUGAAGUUCUUACUGAUAAAAAAUGAAGUGAAUCGUCCAUGCAGAUUAUCACUGUACAAGUCUUCACUAUGGGUGGGAUACUUGAAUGGACUUGUCAAAGUAUUUCGAUAUACAGUGUAA